AUGUCCGCUCCAUCGCUACUGACGCGUCUCAACUCCACGCUGACCACUCGCAAAUCGGAAUUGGAGAGCAGGAGCAAAGAACCUGGGCUCAAGAAUGAUCUCAUCAUUCGUGCUGCUCGUGGUGAGGAGACGGAGAGGGCGCCUGUGUGGGUGAUGAGGCAAGCAGGAAGAUAUCUGCCCGGUGAGUUCCCAAUCUCUUGCCUCCCUUUUUCGAGGAGGCGGUGGGAUUGGCAUGCCUCAUCGUAUGCUUAUGCUUCUUCUUUCUCUUUCCCCCACUCGCCGCUGGUCGCCGCCCGCAAAGAGUUUCGAGCGUUGAGGGAAAAGCACGAAUUCUUCGAGUGUUGCAGGACUCCAGAGUUGGCCGCAGAGAUUACGCUGCAGCCCAUCCGUCGCUACUCGGGUCUCUUGGACGCGGCCAUCAUCUUUUCCGACAUUCUAGUCAUUCCUCAAGCCAUGGGAUUGCAGGUGGAGAUGCUGCCAGCACGCGGACCUCACUUUCCCAAUCCUCUCAACGAACCAUCGGACAUGUCUCGUUUGAGCAAAAAGGUGGAUGUGCAAAAGGAGUUGGGUUACGUUUAUGAGGCUAUCAAGUUGACCAAACAGGGAUUGGAUGGCGAAGUGCCGCUGAUCGGAUUUUGCGGGGCGCCUUGGACUCUCAUGGCUUAUAUGGUUGAAGGUGGUGGAAGCAAGACGUUCGAAAAGGCCAAGAGAUGGCUCUUCAAGUAUCCAGAGGAGAGCAAGGAACUGUUGCAAAGAGUCGCCGACCUCUGCGUCGAGUUCUUGGUCGGUCAAGUCAAAGCUGGUGCUCAGGUGAGUGGGUAGGGUAGUAGGAGGCAGCACCAAAGACGCUCUCAUGUAUGCUCAUGCCGCCUUUUCCCGCACGCCUCGUCGAUGUUGCAUCGCAUCCGUAGUUGGUGCAAGUCUUUGAUUCCUGGGCCGGCGAGCUCUCUCCGCACGAUUUCAGGACCUUUUCGCUCCCCUAUCUCAAGUACAUAGCAUCCGGCGUGCGAGAUUCCCUCUCGUGCACAUCCUGCAAAUCCGUCCCCAUGAUCGUCUUUGCCAAAGGAGCAUUGGGUCAUUCUUUGCCCGAUAUUGCCAAAGCUGGCUACGAUGUCGUGGGACUGGAUUGGACCGUGGAGCCGGCUGUGGCUAGACAUAUCGUGCAACAAGCUGCGCCUGGCGUCGUCUUUAACAAGAAGGCGGUGGGCGCAGAGGCGGGCCAUCGGUGAGUGGAGCAUCAAUAAGCGCAGAGCGAACGCUGCAUCGCAUCAAAACUUUGCGCGCAUCCGAGAAACGUCUGCUGACCGUAUUGCGACAAACACCUUGUUGCUUCUCCGAAUGCCGAAUGGCGCAGCGUCGCUCUGCAAGGCAACAUGGACCCCGCAGUGCUCUAUGCUGGUAAAACGGCCAUCGAGAGAGAAGUGGAGAGGCUGUGCAGGGCCAAGAAGGGCGGCUUUGGAGGAUCGGGCGCUUGGAUUGCCAACUUGGGUCACGGAAUCACACCUGGUGAGUUUGCUCUUUCACUCAAGAGGUGCUAGCCUGAAGCAUGCAUGCGAGAGAGCAGCUCCUGGUCUGGGUCUCGACUCUCGACGCGAAUGCUGUGCCCCCCUCGUGUAAGAUCGAUCCCGCUGGGAUGUCAGCCGUUCUCGCUCGGCUUGGCUCCAUCUCAUCUCAAGACAGCCAGCAAGCGCGACCCUACUAAAUCCACACAGCCGGGAAAAGGCACUGACACGUCCUCACACUUUCCUUUCAUUUCGCCAGGCGUCGACCCGGAAAUGCUGGGUCAUUUUCUCAAGACGCUCAAGCGCGUAUCUAGCGAGGUGGCGGGUGCCAAGGAUGAAGAGUAA